AUGGCGCCAAAGCCAAAGCCGCGGUGCUUGGUCAUCGGUUCGCAGUUCACCGGAACUUUCUGUGCGCGGGAGCUCAAGAGCAAGUUCUAUGUUACGGUGGUUGACGCCAAGGAGUAUUUCGAGUAUACGCCAGGCGUUCUGCGGGCCUUCGUGAAGCCAGCGCACUGGGACUCCCUGACUUUCACCCUGCAGCCGGUGUUGGAGCGCAAGAUGGGGGUGAAGUACAUCUGGGGAGAGGUGAAGGAGUUGAACGGUGAGAAGAAGACUGCCAGCAUCAAGACCAUGAGCUCGAACAGUGUGGAUGAGAUUAGCUUUGACUACUGCCUCAUCUGCUCGGGCUGCAACUUUGGACCCUUCAAGCCCAUGGGCGAGAGCUUGUGGUUUCCGACGGUUCAUGAGGAGGGUAGGGCAAUAAGUGAUUGGAAGCACAUCGAUGAGCGCUUUCUGGAAGGCCGCCGUCGCCAUGUCAUAGAAGAGUACCACAAGCUGCAGGAUCUGAAUAAGAAGAAGGCCACCAUUCUGGUCGUGGGUGCCGGAUUCAUUGGAGUGGAGUGGGCAACAGAGCUUGAACACUUCUUCCCAGAUCUCAAGCUCACCAUCAUCGACUUCCUGCCUCGCUGCCUUGGGCCACUGCCGGACAGUGCGGCCACGUAUUGCUCAGAAUAUAUGAAUGCUUGUGGGAUCAAGGAGUUCUAUGGCAGCAACUAUGGCUAUGACCCCAAGAGUCCAGACUUCUGGAAGAAGAUCGAGCUACCAAACGGUGCCGAUGAAACCUACGUCUGCAUUGGUGUGAAGGCCUCCAACUACUUCAUGCCCAAAUCCACGCUGUCAGACAAGGGCCCCGGUGGAGGUGGUUGGAUCCAUUUCAACAAGCACCUGCAGGUCACAAAGAAGCCCAGCGAGGGUGGUGGCGUGUGGGCUGAUGGCACAAUUUUCGCGAUUGGGGACUGCAACUACGGCUGCAUCGGCGAGCCAGGCAAGUGGGAGAUGCCGCCGGUCCCCAAGAUUUCGUAUCCGGGCGAGGAGCAGGCGUAUCAUGCAUGCAAGAACGUCAUGAAGCUCCAGAAAGGCAGCAAGAAUUUGAUCUCAACCUGGUGGCCUUGGGGUGCCGGCAUGUUUUCAACAAGCCUGGGCCCUCAUGAUGCUUGCUUUGUGAUGGCUGCCAACGAGAACAAAGGUUCCGGGUACAUGGUGAACUGGUGGAUCCCUGCAGCCCUGCAGAAGGAGAUCAUUGAAGCAACGAAAGUUGAUGAGUGCCGCGACGGUUGGGUUGGUGUCCUAGUAUGGCACUUUGUGCACCAUAUGCCUGUGAAUCUCUGGGGCCGCGGCCCUUGGUUUGUUUAA